AUGGCGUCCGAAUCCUCCCCGCCGCCGGCGCAGGCGCCACCGCCGGGCCCGGGAGACAAGCUGGCGGUGUUCUGGCACGAGGGCAUGCUGGACCACGACGCCGGCCGCGGCGUGUUCGACUCAGGCCGCGACCCGGGAUUCCUAGAUGUGCUCGACCAGCACCCGGAGAACGCCGACCGCGUCCGCAACAUGGUCUCCAUCCUCCGCCGCGGGCCCAUAGCGCCCUUCCUCUCCUGGCACUCGGGCCGCCCCGCCCACGCCUCCGAGCUCCUCUCCUUCCACUCCUCAGAAUACAUAGAGGAGCUCGUGCAGGCGAACGCCACCGGAGCCAAGAAGCUCUGUGAGGGCACGUUCUUGAACCCGGGCUCCUGGGGCGCGGCGCUUCUAGCGGCCGGGACCACGCUCUCCGCCGUGAAGCACAUACUAGACGGGCACGGGAACCUGGCCUACGCGUUGGUUCGGCCACCUGGCCACCACUCGCAGCCCGACCAUGCAGAUGGUUACUGCUUUCUGAACAAUGCCGGACUUGCUGUGCAGCUGGCUCUGGAUUCCGGGCGCGCAAAGGUUGCCGUUGUGGAUAUUGAUGUACACUACGGGAAUGGUACCGCGGAGGGCUUCUAUCGUACAGACAACGUGUUGACAAUGUCUCUUCACAUGAGGCAUGGUUCUUGGGGGCCAUCGCAUCCGCAGAGUGGCUCCGUCGAUGAGAUUGGUGAAGGCAAGGGGCUUGGGUACAAUCUCAAUAUACCUUUGCCUAAUGGAAGUGGAGAUGCUGGGUAUGAAUAUGCGAUGAACGAGUUGGUUGUUCCAGCGAUUGAUAAGUUUCAGCCUCAGCUUUUGGUUCUGGUGAUCGGUCAAGAUUCUAGUGCGUUUGAUCCCAAUGGAAGACAGUGCUUGACCAUGGAAGGCUACAGGAAAAUUGGACAAAUAAUGAGGAGCCUGGCUAAUCGACAUAGCAGUGGGCAGAUAUUGGUUGUCCAGGAAGGGGGUUACCACAUCACUUAUUCAGCAUACUGUCUGCAUGCUACACUGGAAGGAGUUUUGGAUCUGGAAGCCCCGCUGCUUGACGACCCAAUCGCUUAUUACCCCGAGGAUGAGAAAUACACUAUGAGAGUUGUUGACAUGAUAAGGAGUUGCUGGAAGGAAUCGGUUCCUUUCCUGAAGGAAAUUUAG